AAUCCAUUUGCUAAUUAAUACUAAUUAUUAUUACUAAUCAAUAUAAAAAACUGGUCCUGCCGACAGCGUUGCUAUUUGCUUCCUUGUGACACUGCCCUAAAUCAGCAGCGCAGCUUUUGCGAAUUUGAAGAAUCUAACGAGUUUCAUUAGUGAGGAUGGGUUGGGCAUUUCUAGUUAUUUUCUGUUAGGACAAAAACAUAGAGCCGCCACAUAUGGCUUCAGUUUCAGAUGAAGGGCAUUCAGGAUCUGUUUAUCUAAAAACACCGUUGCCUAAAGUAAUUUGGAUUGGAGUUGUAGCCGCCAUUUUCUUCAUUAUUGCUUCCUCCCACAUAAUAUCUUCUUGGUCAGCUAGGAGUGGCACCAACGUGGAUGAUUAUGUCUAUGGUGUCAUAAAUCGCCUUGACCACUUAGAUCCGAACAAAUCUACUCAUUCAGAGCCGCAAGAUUCUGCCAAAAUGCCUCCUUUUAGCUCUGAAUCAAUUGGGAAAUUGGAGCAAGAAAUUGUUUCUGUAGCUAAAAGACAACAUCAGACAGGGAUGAAAUCUAUUCCACUGUCAUUAACUUACUCAAGACAGCCCAUUUCAGUGGAGUCAAAUUCGCCCUUAAGUCCUGUUUGGAAUUCGGACGGCCUGGCCGGGAUUUUGACCGGCCGUUCAUCGGCCGCCGGUGUUGUUCCGGCUCCUUACUCUAGAUUGAAUAGCGUCAUGCCUGCACCACCAUUGCCUACCAACUCAAGACAGGACGACAGCUCAGUGAAUUCAUCGGCAAGAUUAGGCUCUGUUCUGAACUCCGGCCGCUUGGAGUCAUCAGCCGGUGGUAGUCCGGCAGCGGCACUGUCUAAUAAAAAAGAAUGUGACCUUUACCAUGGAAAAUGGGUUUACGAUUCCCGUGGACCAUUGUACAAGAAUGACUCUUGUCCUGUCUUGACGCAGAAACAGAACUGUCAAGGAAAUGGAAGGCCAGACAAAGACUAUGAGAACUGGCGGUGGAAACCUAGGGACUGUGAGAUUCCCCGAUUCGACGCCAGGAAAUUCCUUGACUUAAUGAAGGGAAAGACAUUAGCUUUUGUAGGAGACUCACUCGCUCGGAAUCAAAUGAAGUCCUUGCUCUGCAUUCUUUGGCAGGUGGAGGUUCCAACGAGUAUUAAAAACAAGAGAAUGCAGCGAUAUGACUUUGCAUCAACCUCUACAACGAUCAUUCGCAUAUGGUCUGCUUGGCUCGUUAAUAUAACAACUGAUAAAUUUGAUUUUGCUCCAGAUGGAUUGGAUAAGCUCCACCUUGAUGUUCCUGAUGAAGGCUUCAUGGAAUUUAUCCCUCAAUUUGACGUAACCGUUGUCAACUCAGGUCACUGGUUUUCAAAGAAAUCUGCAUACAUAUUGAACAAUGAACUAGUCGGGGGAAAAUCAUGGUGGCCAAAGAAGUCUAGAAAAAUGAAAGUUGACAACUCAAAAGCUUUAGGCAUGUCAAUGGAAACAAUUCUUUCUGCCAUGGUUACGCAUCCAGAUUAUACUGGUCUAACAGUUGUCCGUACCUACUCACCAGCUCAUUAUGAAGGGGGAUCGUGGAAUACAGGAGGAUCAUGCACAGGGAAACUUCGGCCGCUCAAGAGUGGUGAAAUAAUUGCAAACAAAUUGACCUCCAGAAUGUACGAUCAACAAGUUAGAGCUUUUAGCCGAUCAAUUAAGAAGAUGACAAACAAAUCAAAGCUAAAAAUGAUGGAUAUCACAGAAGCAUUUGGUUAUCGCCAUGACGGCCAUCCAGGUCCUUACAGAAACACUGAUCCAGAUAAGAUCACGAAACCAGGGCGGGAUGGAAAGCCCCCACCUCAAGAUUGCGGGCAUUGGUGCAUGCCUGGUGCGGUUGAUACAUGGAAUGAAAUUUUAUUUGAAAUCAUAAAAAGAGAAUUUAAUGGUAAAUACGAUGUUCCUUCUUGAUGGAAAAGUGAUAUGUAUCUUUCAAAGCUAGAUUCUCUUUGUGAAUGAGGAAAAAAAAUAAAACUAUGCAGCAAUUAGACAUCCAUUUUGACAAUUAGGUUCAAUUUCAUAUGCUUAAACCUAACUUGCUUAUUAUAUUUUGAGAUAUUGUGAAGUAUUUUGAGUACGUACCCG